AUGAGGGCCCCGUCCACCAGGGCGAUGAUCAUCAAGCUCCCUACUUCCUCACGCGCCAGCACCACGUUGACUCGCGCAGUCCAACAACGCGCCUACUCGGGCUCGUCCAAACCGAAGUUCUCCAACGACAGCGUUGCAGCACGAGCUUCCCUGUCACAUAACGCUGGUAGCAGGGGAUCUCGAUAUGCUACGGCUGCCGCAGCUGUGACUGCAGCUGCCCUGACCACCUGGUACUCGGUCUCUUCACCCGUACAUGCGGAAGCGGCUCCUGCCGUGGCACCUCUUGGGGGUACAUCACCUCCUCUUGUUUCUCAGCAGGACCAGAUGCGCGAUCGUGCAAGGCUGCAGGGCGUCUAUGCUUGGGGCUCGAACCGUUACAACGUCGUCGCUCCCGACGCACCUUCUGUCACGCUCAUCCGCUCGCCUCGAUCCAUUCCUUUCUUCGACGGAGUGGCGCUGCGAGACAUCAACCUGCAGGAGAAGCAUGGCGUGGCUGUGGAUGCCAACGGCGACGUGUAUCAGUGGGGUCUCGGCUUCUUUGAUCCCGGCGUCCGCGAAGUCACAGCCGUCGAAGAUGUGCCCCUCGGCCGAAGACGCGAGAAGGCCGCCGCCAACCUCAAAGCUCCGCUCGCUAACACCGCCAGCCUCGUCCUCAACCCAGUCAAGACGCUCACCGGCAAAAACAUCAUCAAGGUAGAAGCCACUGAAGAGAAGAUCUACGCGCUCUCCAAGGACGGCCACAUCUACGUCUUCUCGGCAGUGCAGCAGCAGCAGGCCAAGCCCAAGUACCCGGGCUGGUCCAAGAACCCCUUGACGCUCUUCAACGCCUUUGCCAGCUCGACGAUCGACCACGAGGUCCUGCAUCCCGCUCCGUCCGCGCACUGGGGCAGUACCGAGAAGGUGCACGACAUUGUUGCUGGAGCCGACCACCUCCUGUCGGUCACAAACAAGGGACGCACCUUUGUCACGCCGAUCGGGGAGGAGGCCAAUGCCUUUGGUCAGCUCGGCACUCGUCGCGUCUGGCUCAAUUCGCCCAAGACGCCCGACAGCAAAGCAGGCCAUGUUGAGACUCUUCUCGAGCCACGAGUGUUUGCGGAGCUCGAGGCCAACCACGGCGGCCGUCCCAUCGCGAGUCUGGUGCCAUCCGACUGGCUUCCGGCUCCUCCGACUCAGACCAACCGCACGUCCAAGCCUCAGGCCAGCUCCGAGCCUGCGUUUGAAACCAGCACCGACCCUGCGCCGCCGCCCAAGCCACUCACCGAGCCGGUCGACAGCAUCCGUUGGUGCACCACUCUGCACGAGGUGCCGGCACUGCGCAAAGUCAAUGUGGUCCAGAUCGCGGCGGGCAACGAGCACUCCCUGGCCCGCACCCAUGACGGUCGUGUGCUUGCCUGGGGCCGUCACACGCACGGUCAAUGUGGCCUCGGCACGAGCUUUAGCAUGGAGUGCGUGCCCGUGCCGACCGAGGUGGUUCUCAGCAGGUCAUUCUCCAACAGCUCGCUCGAUGUGCGUGCCACCUCGAUCGCCGCCGGUGCCGACAACUCGUUCUUCAUGACCACGCGUAGGGAGGCUGGUGGCAAGUUCAAGAUUGACUUGCUUGCGUCGGGCAAGGGUCAGUGGGGCACGAUUGGCAAUGCGAUGUGGAGUCAGGUUGUUUCGCAGCCCUCGCGCGUAAAGACUGUCUCGGGUCUCAUCGAGUUCUCAGAAGCUACGGGACAAACCCAUCCCGUCCCCAUUCACUCGAUCAGCGUUGGCAAACCCGGUCAUGUCGCGCUGGUGCUGGACACGGUCGAACCGGACGGACACAUGGCCUUUGGUCGUGACGUUAUGGUCUGGGGUGCCAACGCCGGGUUCCAGCUGGGUGUGGGCAAGCGAUCCAACCUCGCAGUCCCGCAGCACUUGAAGCCUCUGCCCGGUCUUACGACGGUUGCGGGAGGCAACAUCAUCUCGGAACAGGAUGGUCUAGCUGUAUCGCCAGAGAAGAUCGCCGCCCUUGCAGCACCGAAGCCGACGCCGGCGUUUGAUCCCAAGCUGCGCGAGGCGGACCUCAACUCGGGCGCACUUACCCACAUGCCUCACAACCGCCUCCAGCUCGCCUCCAAGACCAAGACCGACACUCACCUCCCUCCCGCCAUCUCGCACAAGGACCAGCUCAAUCCCACCGCAACCACUGCGGUUCAACAAGGAAAGACCAAGAAAAACGUUCAGAUCGAAGAAAGCAUCAAGGCCGGCACCGUCUCCACCGUCGUGUUCUGGAAGAUCCACGAGUAG